AUGAGGGGGUCCAUCUCCCAGUGUUUCCUGGGUUCAAAUGUCUACGCAGAGGUACCCGAAGGUGGCUGGGGCUGGGCCAUAGCUGUCGCUUUCUUUGUGGUGGAAAUUUGCACUUAUGGGAUCCUCAAGAGCCUGGGGAUCUUUCUUCAGGAUCUGAUGAAGGAAUUUAAGGAGAGUAACAGUCGGGUUUCAUGGGUCAUCUCCAUUUGUGUCUUCAUCUUCACGUUUACCGCCCCUCUGUCCACCAUUUUGAGCAACCGCUUUGGUCAUCGCCCUGUCGUAAUGACAGGGGGCUUCCUCGUCAGCUUGGGAACCAUCACCUCCGCCUUUACGAACUCCAUCAACGAGAUGUACAUCACUAUUGGAAUCGUCUCAGGCCUCGGCUACUGCCUCACCUUUCUUCCCACCGUCACAAUUCUUUCCCAGUACUUCUCCAGGCGACGAGCCCUUGUCACAUCUAUUUCUUCUUCUGGAGAAUCCUUCGCCAUCUUUGCAUUUGCUCCAGCCUUCAUGAAGCUGAAGGAGCACAUUGGAUGGCGCUACUGUUUCAUCAUCCUAGGGAUUUUUCAGUCUUCUAUUAUCGGUUGUGGCCUUCUUCUUCGUCCAAUAAACCUCCGGCCAGAUGUUGAAAAGGAGGAUGUUGAAGUAGUAGAGUCACUUUCCCUAAAGCAUCUUCGGGAGCUUUUUGAGUUGGAAAACGAACAAACCAGAACCUCCAUCAGUUCAGAGGUUUCUCACGGUUCUGAGGACUCAGGUGUCACUUCCCUCUCUGCCUCAAAUGUGGAUUUGGGGGUUGCAGGAGUGGAAGUCAAGGCAGAGUGGGAACAGCAGGACAAAGGGGACCAGGAACAGUCUUUGUCUAAGCCUGACUCCCCAUCCGAGGUGAAUAAUGAGAAGAACAUGUCUGUUCCUCCUGAACAACCCAGAUCCAAACUGCUGGAUUUCUCUGUUUUGAAAGAUGGUGCCUUCAUUUGCUACUCACUCUUUGGCUUGUUCGCUACAUUGGGCUUUUUUGCACCUCAGCUUUACGUUAUCGAACUGAGUAAAAGCCAUGGCGUGGAGCCCGGCAUGGCAUCCUAUACGCUCAGUGUGAUGGCAGUAGCGGAGAUCUUUGGCCGUCUGUCUAUUGGGGUCCUGCUGGACAGAGUAACUUGCCGAAAGACACUGGUGUUACUUUGGUGUGUUGUUUUUUUGUGUCUGGUGCUGGUGGCCUUCACUGUCGUAUGGGAAUUCUGGGGCCUGGUGCUCUGCUGUGCUGUCUACGGCUACUUUAUGGGUACGGUGGGCUCAACACACAUCCCCAUGCUGGCAGAGGAGGAUGUGGUGGGCAUCCACAAAAUGGCAUCGUCUGUCGGAGUGUAUGUGUUUAUUCAGAGCUUUGCUGGACUUGCUGGACCACCACUUGGAGGUGUGUUGGUGGAUAUUACAGAGAACUACGGUGCUGCCUUCUACUCCUGUGCUGUUGGGAUGGGGCUCGGUGCUAUCUGCCUUGCUCUGCUUGGUCCAAUCAAGUCUGGCAUGUGCCAAAAACAGAAAGAUGACUUUGUGGAGAAAGAGGUGAAAACUUCCCAGGACAACGACCAGCCUGACUUUUUGGAGGUGGACAUGGCAGUGGAGGACACUCCCAUCAAAAAGCCCAUGGAUGGAGACGAUGCUUGUGUAAUAUGA